AACCACAGCAAACCCCUUUCUCUUUCGCCGGAUAAAAAUGGCGACGGCCGUGCCACCGCCGACUCGGACGGAAAUCAUCUCUCUCUUUCGCUCACUUCUCCGGUCAGCUCGUGAGUUCUCUGACUACAACAUCAGAGAGUACACAAAGCGCCGUACAAUUGACUCGUUCCGUGACAACAAGACUUUAUCAGACCCGUCAUCUAUCGCCGCCGCCUUCACCGACGGCAAGUCUCAGCUUCAGGUUGCCAAAAGACAAGCUGUUGUUUAUUCACUCUAUGCUCCCAAGGUCAAAAGCAUCAUGGAUAUCAAACCUUGAUUUGUUCAAACGGUAUCUGAUUUUUGCUGUUAGGGUUUCUCAAAAAAACUGAUGCAAUUAGCAAUUUAUACACAUUGAGUUUAUAGACUUCCAGAGAAAUGUAUUCAGAGUUUUGAGUUUCUAUUUAGCCUAAUAAUUUGUUUGACUAUGUACCUGAUGUUUUGGAAAUAUAAUUCUGGUUCUGUUUCCUCA